UGGUUAUGCUAAGCAAAAAUAACAAAACACAACAGCAUUAACAUGGCAUAUUUUCUUCAAUUUCUAACACUUAUAGGGUUAUUGCUUUCUUCUAUAAUCUAUGCUUACAAAAUAAGCAUGAGAAAAACACAAGAAAAAGGUAAUAAACUAGUAGCUCCAGAACCAUCAGGGGCAUUGCCUUUUAUAGGACACCUUCAUCAGCUUCGGGUUCAAGUUCCAAUCCCACGUAUACUAGGAAAUAUGGCUGAUGAUUACGGGCCUGCUUACUCUCUAAGGCUCGGUAGUCACCAAGCGUUGGUGAUCAGCAGUCAACAGAUGGUGAAAGAUUGCUUCACCAUCAAUGAAAGAAAUUUUGCAACCAGGCCUAAUCUCUCUGCGGGCCGCUACUUGAACUACGACAAUGCUGGUUUUGGAAUGUCACCAUAUGGUCGAUCCGUAUUGGCGAGAGAUGCGAAAGAUGGCGGUUUCUGAGCUCUUUACAAGCCAACGUGUUGAAAUGUUCAAGCACAUCCGUACCUCACAGGUGAAAAACUCCAUUAUGGAGCUCUAUGCGUUGUGCCAAAGGAAUGGGGGUCGAGCAUCUGCAAUUAACAUAAGCAAGUGGUUCGAGUGCAUACCGCUCAAUAUAAUUGUAAGAAUCCUAGUGGGGAAAGCAUUCUCUAAUGGUAACAACGAACAAGACUCGCAUGUAAAAGAAGCCAUAAAGAAACUACUGUACCUUUCAGGCUUCUUUGUUGUGUCUGAUUUUUUUCCAAAUCUUGAAUGGAUGGACAUUGGAGGGCAUCUUAAAUCUAUGAAGCAAGUGGCUAAAGAGCUUGAUGGUGUCAUUGAAAAGUGGCUUAACGAACAUAUUGAGAAGAGACAAGAACGUGGUAGCAAUAAAGAAGGUGACUUCAUGGAUCUGAUGCUGUCAUCCCUACCCCAAGACACUGAAAUGUUUGGCUAUGGGCGUGAAACCAUCAUCAAGGCAACAACUUUGGUUCUCAUGUGGACUGGUUCAGAAAGCACUGCUGUGACAAUGACAUGGACACUCUCUCUAUUACUAAACCACCCCCACAUCCUAAAAGGUGCACAGGAAGAGCUUGACAUCCAUGUAGGACGAGAGAAAUGGGCGGAAGAAUCAGACAUAAAAAAUCUUGUGUAUCUACAAGCCAUAGUUAAGGAAACACUCAGACUGUACCCACCAGGUCCCUUGGCAGGACCUCAUGAGGCCAUUGAGGACUGCAAAAUCGGGGGCUAUCAUGUCACCAAAGGGACUCGUCUGAUCAUGAAUGUAUGGAAGCUACACCACGACCCACAAGUCUGGUCGGAUCCUCAUGAGUUUCGACCAGAGAGGUUUCUUAAGGAGCACUCAGAGAUAAAUUAUUCGGGUCAGAACUUUGAAUACAUUCCAUUCAGCACUGGAAGGAGAAUGUGCCCUGCAACCAUGUUUGCUUCGAAUGUGCUUCACUUGACAUUUGCUCGGUUACUUCAAGGGUUUGACUUAUCAACACCAAUGGGGAAGCCUGUGGAUAUGAGCGAAGGCUUAGGACUUACCUUGCCCAAGGCAGAACCCCUUGAAGUUACUAUCACUCCACGCCUUUCUCCAGAGCUUUAUUAGAGGGCUCAGAGCAAACUGAAGCUGCAUCUUGACCGUGUUAUCCGUAAAUUUAUAAAUGCGAUUAGAACGAAUAUUAUGUAUAUUGAUAAGAAAUAAGAUCAAAUUUAUGCAACUAUAUCCAUCUAUCAAAUACACAUCUUGGUAUUUGACUAUAUUUAGAUCCUAUAUGUGUUUUUCCAGCUGUCAAAUAAACUCAUGUAUUAUGACUUAUGUUUAAGGACUUACUUUGCAUAUA